AUGACUACUAUAACUACAACCGAACCAACCAUUACUACAACUGAACCAACUAUUACUACAACCGAACCAACCAUUACUACAACUGAACCAACUAUUACUUCAACUGAUCCAACUAUUACUACAACAAUACCUACCAGUAUUAGUACUACUGAAGAGACUAUAAUAACAACCGAUACAACCACUAGUCCGACGAUGACUACUAUAACUACCAUUACUACAACUGAACCAACYAUUACUACAACUGAACCAACCAUUACUACAACUGAACCAACCAUUACUACAACUGAACCAACUAUUACUUCAACUGAUCCAACUAUUACUACAACAAUACCUACCAGUAUUAGUACUACUGAAGAGACUAUAAUAACAACCGAUACAACCACUAGUCCGACGAUGACUACUAUAACUACAACCGAACCAACCAUUACUACAACUGAACCAACUAUUACUACAACCGAACCAACCAUUACUACAACUGAACCAACUGAACCAACUAUUACUUCAACUGAUCCAACUAUUACUACAACAAUACCUACCAGUAUUAGUACUACUGAAGAGACUAUAAUAACAACCGAUACAACCACUAGUCCGACGAUGACUACUAUAACUACAACCGAACCAACCAUUACUACAACUGAACCAACCAUUACUACAACUGAACCAACUAUUACUUCAACUGAUCCAACUAUUACUACAACAAACCUACCACUAUUACUACAACUGAACCAACUAUAA